GGGCGGGGUCUCUGCAGCCUAAGAGGAGCGGGGCGGAGUGCCGGGGCCCUGGGAGCACGCGGGAGAGACCAUUACCUCUAUGGGGGAAGAGGAGGACACGAUUGAGACCGCUAGUUCUAUGGGGUGGUGGGGCUUGGGAAAGACCAUUCGUCAGUGCAGGGGGGGCACAUGGGAAGGACAGUUAGAGGGGUGGCAUGGGCAUCCGGUUGAGACUUUUACGGGGGGAACUUGGGAGAGACUAUUAAAUGUAGGGGAUAUGGGAGACACCAUUCUCCAGUGCGGGGGGAUGGGCACGCAGUUGAGACCAUUAGUUCUAUGGGGAGGGGGGCUUGGGAGAGACCAUUACCCCAGUGCCGGGGGACCAAUGGGAGAGACCAUUGGAAGGGAAUAUGGGAGAGACCAUUAGGUCUAUUGCAGGGGCCAUGUGGGAGAGACCAUUAAGUCUAUGGGUGGGGGGGCACAUGGAAAAGGCUCCCUGAUCUAAUGAAUAUUCAUGAGCUGCACCACCAUGAAGCUAUUAAUGGACACAAGGCAGCUGCCCAGGCAGGCCCCAUUGCUAUUCCAUAUUCAUGAGGUCCCGGUGACUGGGGGUCCCUAGGUGAGAGAUCAGGGUCCCAUAGGCCCUGGGUGCGCGGGGGCCUGGGUGCUCAGGUCCGCUGGUCCUGGGCAAGGCCCCCGGGGCCGAAACUUCCUCUUGCAGCUCAGCACAGGAUGCAGCUUGUUCUUUUCCCGGCUUGUGAAGCCAUUGCGCAAACCACCCUGGUCAAAGUGCGCUUCUGCCCAGCAUCUUAGGCCCAUGGAGCCGGCAGGGGUGUGCGGGGCGCAAGGCAGGCAAGAGCUGCUGGGGCAGGGGAGGGCGGUGUUGGGCAGAGGAGGCCCCGUGCCUCGCAGCCUCUCACCCCAUCUCCUCCCCCACAGCAUGGACAGGAGGUGCGCAGACCUGGAGUCCAGCCUGAAGCACCUGGGCAAGGCAGAGCUGAAGGAGUUCAAGGUCAAACUGAACAAGUAUAAGCCCCAGGGAGGCUUCCAGCCGGUGCUGUGGAGCGAGCUGGAGAGCGCCGACACGCUGGACAUCGUCCGGGUGCUGCGUGGCCACUUCGUGGAGCCCUACGCCUUGCAGGUGGCUGCCGACAUCAUGGCUCUCAUCAACAAGAAGGACCUGGAGUCGACGCUGCGGCAGGCCCAUGGACUUGCACGGUGCCCUGGGAGAGAAGAUGCCCAACUGCACCACUGUUACCGAGUUCCUCCUCCUGGGCUUCUCAGACACUCGGGAGCUGCAGAUCUUGCACUUUGUCAUCUUCCUCUUAGCGUACCUGGCAGCUCUGGUGGGGAACCUCCUUGUCAUCACUGUUGUUACUACGGACCACCACCUCCACAGCCCCAUGUGCUACUUUUUGGCAAAUUUGUCCAUCCUUGACCUUGGAUCCAUCUCCAUCAUUGUCCCCAAAUCCAUGGCCAAUUCUCUCUUAAAUACCAGGACAAUUUCCUAUGCUGGAUGUAUGUUCCAGGUCUUUUUCUUCUUCCUUUUUUAUUCAGCUGAUUUUGCAGUCCUAACUAUCAUGGCAUAUGACCGGUACAUUGCCAUCUGCAAACCACUGCAUUAUGAGGUAGUAAUGAACAGGAGAGCUUGCGUCCAGAUGGCUGCCGGUGCUUGGGCUGCUGGUGCCAUGUACUCUGCACUGCACACUGGGAACACCUUUAGUCUCCCCUUCUGCCACUCAAAUACCAUCAACCAGUUCUUCUGUGAAAUACCCCAGCUGCUCAAGCUCUCCAGCUCUGACACAUACCACAGGGAGCUGGCCACUCUUGUAUUCAGUGUGUUUUUAUCUUUAGGCUGUUUUGCUUUCAUCAUUGUGUCGUAUGUUCAGAUCUUCACCACAGUGUGGAGCAUCCCCUCGGAGCAGGGCCAGCAAAAAGCCUUCUUCACCUGCAUUCCUCACCUUAUCGUGGUCUCCCUGUUUCUUUCCACUGCCGUCAUUGCCUAUAUAAAACCCAUCUCUGACUCCCCAUCACUUCUGGAUCUCUUGGCAACUGUUCUGUAUUGUGUGGUGCCUCCGUUGAUUAAUCCAGUCAUCUACAGCAUGAGGAACAGGGAGAUCCAAGCUGCCCUCAAGCAACUGCUCCACAGGCUGAUCCUCUCCAAAAACAAUAUGCACAUCUUUGUUUUAUGACUUUGCUUUACUUACAUUUAUUUUAGAAUUAACUCAAAAAACUACUGUUUUAGUGUGCAACCUAUUUACAAAAAAUGAAGGUGGGGGGUAAAUUCUAUAGCUUUGUAAGAACAAUAACACUUGACUUUGGUCAUUUUGUGUUAACAUUGUUGAGGCAGGAAAGUAAUGUUUCGUGCAUCAAUUUUACUGUCUGUGCCAUCUAAAAUAAAUCCCAUCAAUUGCAAGAUGAUGGAGAAUUGAAGGCUUAUGUUUGCUAAUUGGUGUAAUCAAUUAUUCAGAUCACAGAAUAUAAAGGUAAGUAUCCAGAUGAUGUGAAACUGGAAGAAAGUGCAAAUACUUUAGAGGAUAGAAACAGAAUUCAAAUGAAUCUGGAUAGAUUGGAGAGCUGGACUUGAAAGAACAGGAUGAAGUCCAAGGAAAGAAAUGCAAGUUGCUGCACCUAGGGGAGAAUAAUCAAAAGCACUGAUACAAGUCGGGUUAUAAAUGGCUGGGUGGUAUAAUUGUUGGAAAGGAUCUUGGGUGGGGUGGGGCCUGGUGGAUCAUUUUGAAUUUUGCUUUUAAUGGUCAUUGUACUGCUUUUAUUCCCAGGGAGUUCAUUGAGAAAUGCAUUUGUAUUUAUAUUACGAUUGUAAUAGGUUUUUCAGCUGUUCCUGAAUAAACAGGAAAAAUUAGGCAGCUGACUUAUCUCAUGUUGCAAUGAGAUCCUCAUAAGAAAAGUGGUAUGCCUAACAAUCCAUUAUAAAUAGGUAAGAGGUUGUUGGCAGGUAUGGUGAAUCUCCUCUGUGAUAUUUCCUUACAUUUUGUAUCCUUGCCUAAUAAACUUAUAGCUGGAUUUUAACCAAACUGUAUUAAGUUUUGUUCUCAAAUCCUAUUGAACAUUUUAGGUCUGCCUAAUUUGAGGCCUUCUAAAGUCCCAGCUUUCAGGAGGAAUCCCAACACCCCAUGAUUGCAAAGUGAUAACUGUUUCGAGUUAAGACAGGAGUAGGGGACCACAGAAUUAUGGGCAUUCUUCCCAGCUCAGUCACAAGAUGUCUCUACAAUUGAUUGCAAUAUCAUUAGAGGGACAUUCUGCUGUUUCCUAGUUCCCUGUGUGUCCAUUUCUCAAAUUAGAGAAAUAGUAGAUGGGGAUUAGUGAAGGUUACAGAGUGAAACAGGGGCAGCAGUUCCAUUGGAGAUGGGGUGAAAGAGGUCCGAAUACUAGGAUUUGAUUGGUAAUUAUAGUAGCAUAAAGACACCUAACCUAGAAAUAAUAUCAGCAGCACCAUCAUCUGUCACAGAAGCUCACAAGUGAAGUUAAUCCUUCAGGGAACACCUGGGAUGGGAUUGCUCCUUUAGCUUUCCUGUGUAUCUGUACAAGGGAAAGCCACUUAACAAAUUUUGCCCAUUAUGAGACUGUGCCUGAUUGCCCAGCAUCCUCUUGGGAAUCAAUGACAAACUUUUUACCUGGUCACUUGACCCCAUUUUCCCUGUCUUGUAGGGGGAUUCAAAAGAGACUCUAAAAAUGUUACGACUAUUCAAGCUCUAAUCAAAUGAUCAGAAAUCUUUCCAUUGACUGCAAUAUAUGUUAUAUCAAGACCUGUACAUUUGGUUUCAGGGUAAAUGCUAAUAUGUGUGUUUUGGAGAGAGAGGUAGGACAUUUUGAGUAGUAUUCUUGCUUUUGUAAAGGCAGUUGGACCAAACACCUUUUGAGGUCUUUUCCAAUCCUGUGUUUCUGUCACAAGCCCAAAUCAAUUAAGUGGUAAUUUUAUGAAGGCUAUUUUCUCUUAAAAUCUGCUCAAACAGAAGCUGUUUUGGCCAGCUCUUUUCAAAAUUCAACCUAUCAAAAUUAUUUGUACUAUUAUCAUCAAUCCUGUAAGUCUGACAUAUCUAAACCUUAAGGGACUGAAGAUGCCCUAAGAAGACAU